ACUUGAACUUUUCCAGAAUUCCCACUGAAACUUUGCUGCUGUGGGAUCAAGAGAGGACACUUUAUACCCCAGGAACUAGAAAUGGAGUUGGUGUCAUUUGAAGAUAUAGCUGUGGACUUCUCCUGGAAAGAUUGGCAAUACCUUGAUAAUGUUCAGCAAACCCUUUAUAGGGAUGUGAUGCUAGAAAACUACAACAGCCUGGUGUGCUUGGGGCACUGUAUGAGCAAACCAGAGUUGAUCUUCAAGUUAGAGCAAGGAUACGCACCAUGUAGUGUACCAGAAAGCUCAGCUCAGAGGCAUCCAGAACUAAAACCUCAAGUGAGUAUCUACUAUACAAAGCCUCAUGAAUAUAAACAAUUCCAGCAAUUUGUCUGUCACAAGUUACAUCCCACUCAUCAGAAUGCUCAGACAUGUGAGAAACCAUAUGAAGGUUAUGGAUGUGAGAAAUAUGUCUUCUGGAAGUCACAACUCACUCUUCACCAGAGAACUCAUACAGUUGGGAAGCCAUAUGGCUGUGGGGAUGCUUUUCUGAAGAAGACAAAUUUCACCAUUCGUGCUGAUGAUAUGAACAUGAAUGGUUUACUGGAAGCAGAUUCAGUAAUAUUCCAGAUGCAGGAUUUUCUAUCCUUGGAGAUGACUGAUAAUUUUAUGUCAUCAGAAACCAGUGACCUCCAUGUGAAGAUGUAG